CGGGGCCGUCCGGCGGGUCGGAGGAGAAGGAGGAGGAGCGUUCCCGCGGCGGAGCCUGCCCUGCGGCUGGAGGGCUGCUGUCAGGUAAGGGGGGCGGCGGGCCGGGGGGGGCGGCCGCGGCGGGGACCCCCCGGCCGUGCCCGGGAGAAGGAUCUCCGUGCUGAAAGGGGGAACCGGAGCCGUCACCCAGCCAUCGCGCCUCAGCGCUGCUGCUGCCGCUCCGAGCUGGGAAGCAAAGCGCAAAGAACAGUUCUCCCAGAUCUGACCCCGGAGAGGAAAAAGUGGAUCCUGAGCAAUUCCUAAAGCCCCCUGACAUAACUGCUGUUAGCAUGAACCUUUGUCCCUCAGCAGUUACGAGGAAAAGAUCCUACGAAAGUUCCAGCCUCAGGAAAAGCCCUCUUGGGCACAGUCCCAAGAAGCUGUCUCCCUGCAGAAGCAGUCCCAGGAAAGACCAUGCAUCGAGUUCCUUUAACUUGUCCCCAAGGCUGCUCGUCCGCACCCCUCAAGCCAAGCGUCGCUCCUGGUGUCGAUCCAGCCUGAAGGGGAAAAAACACCGAAAAUCUCUGCCUCCCGUUCACCAGGAUGUCACUGAAUUAAGCAAAUCAAUAAGCCUGGAUCUGCCAGAGACAGACCGGCUUUCUAUGCUGCUGUUGUCUAGUUUCCAGUUUUCUGCGCAGAAGCUGGAACGUGUCUUGAAGCAGACUGAAGGCUUUAGCCCUGAGGCUUUCAAAGCUAACGUGCACUCGCUUUCAGAAGACCUGGAGCGAUACAUGCAGAAGCUGAAAAGAGACGGAACGCUGAAGUGCUGCGUAGAAGACCCUAACGGGGUUUUACAGGACUCGGCUUUGGAGGAAUCAGUGGCCCAAAUUAAGGAUUACAUCGCCAGGUUCACCGCUGAAUGCCAGGCCUGGGACCAGCUCUUGCUGCACCACCAGGAAAGAGCUGAAGAAAUGGCCAGGCGGCUAGAGGAAGGCAGGAGCAAGGGGGGGCAGGCGGAGCCCCCCACGUACCUCCAGACAUCCCAGGCCCGAGUCCUCAGCACCAAACCCAACUACCAGCAGAUCCUGGACGAGCAGGGGCCGGUUUUGAGGUGCCUGGAGCUCGUGCUGGAUGAGCUCCAGCAAACCCUGAAGCUGCUGCAGGCCUUCAGCGAGGACAGCGGGCAGUACCUCCGGCGCCUGUCGCGGCAGCUCGCCUCCAGGACCUUCCAGCAGCUGGAGAACUCCCCAGCGCGCAAGCUGCUCGCCGCCCCGCUGAGGAAGCUGCCGCCGCCGGAGGGUUGA